AUGUGUCUACACCAUUUAUUCCUGUUGCCGUUUGCUUCUGUUUUUGAAUGAUCUGCAGAAUUUUCACACGACAUGAUAAUGAAAGCAGAAGACGAAGUGAAAGUCAGACAGUCAAUGUCAAGGUAUACUGCAGCCUCCAAACUGGAUUUUCUGUAGAGAAGGAGCAGACUGCUGGAGAGAUUUUCAUGAGACAACGCUAGCUGACAGCUCUCCUCAUGGACACAAACACGACUCUUUUCCAACACAACCAGAGCAACUUGACCUGCUCCCGUGACAAUGUCUUGAAGACAGUGGUUUUUCCUGUCCUCUACUCAAUCAUGUUCCUGGCGGGGCUGUCUCUCAACGGCCUGGCGGUGUGGGUGUUCCUGCGUAUCCCCUCGCGCUCCCACUUCAUCAUCUACCUAAAAAAUAUUGUGGUUGCCGACGUCAUCAUGACCUUCACUUUCCCUUUCAAGGUGUUAUCAGACUCCAACAUGGCAUCCAUUGGUCUGCGAAUAUUCGUGUGCCGGGUGUCCUCGGUGCUUUUCUACCUCACCAUGUACAUCAGCAUCCUCUUCUUUGGCCUCAUCAGCAUUGACCGCUGCAGGAAAACCCUUGCACCAUUCAAAGGCACCAACGCCGCAAGGCUCACCCGCAGGAAAUUCCUCUCCACUGCAAUGUGGAUAUUCCUCCUGGCUCUCUGUCUGCCUAACAUGAUCCUAACCCGUAAGACGCCAAGGUCACGAUAUUUCAAGUGCAACGAUCUGAAGGGCCACACUGCGCUGUACUGGCAUGCGGUGGUUAACCAUGUGUGUCAGGUUAUCUUCUGGGGGAACCUCUUGAUUGUAAUCUUGUGCUACACUCUAAUCACCAAAGAGUUGUACAAGUCCUACUCGCGCACCAAGGCUCACAGCCCUGGGGACUGCAGGGCAUCAGCAAAGCAGAAGCAACAGGCUAAGAGGAAGAUGAACACCAAUGUUUUCCUGGUCCUGGCUGUGUUCUUCGUGUGCUUUGUGCCAUUCCACUUUGCCCGAGUGCCGUACACCCUGAGCCAGACUCAGGGCGUCCUCUUUGACUGCCGGCUCAAGCUCUUCCUCUUCCAGCUCAAAGAGAGCACGCUCUUUCUAUCAUCACUCAACUCCCUCUUGGACCCACUCAUCUACUUCUUUCUUUGCAAGUCGUUCAGGACCACCCUGUUCAAGACACUGAGGUUGCCUGCUGGAACCUGCAGCUGGUUGCUAGACAGGGGCUCAGACACUGAUACUAGCAGCACCGCCCUCAGAGACGCCGCUGUGUUUGGCAGAGGUGGACCGGCAGGGCAGUAAGGCCAUCUCUCCUAAAGCACAGACCUAUAACCUGGAUCCUGCUUGUUUCAUGAAAUGCAAAAAAAGACAAAAUUAUUGAAUGGGCACUAAAACAACGGUGAAUGGAAUGGUUACCACAAGAGAAAAAGAGAAAAACUAAAAAACAUUUUAAAAAUUUAGAACAAAAACACAAAAAUGUUACAUUCUAUUGCAUUUUUGUUGUCUAAUUUCCCACUGAAAGCACAGUUUUUAAAUUCUCGGCUUACAACUACUGUGUGCAUUGAGAGAAUUCAUAUAUGGAGCAUCGACAUAUUAUUUUAGCUGGCUCAAUUGUGCGAGGAUGCAUUUCCUUAUCAAUUACACAACUCCGAAGAUUAAGUAAUUUAUUAAUUGAUUAUUAUCAUGUCUAUCGCUGGGAUAUACGCACAUAUACAUUCAGUUUUCAAUAUAUAAAACAAACAUAUUGCAUUGUAUAAAUUGUAUUACUGAGAUUAUUGUUAUUUUAAAUGAUUUUUGCACUGUUUACCGUUCAACAAAUACUUAUUUUUUCUAUAUACUUUGCAUUUUAUUUUCUUAAAAAGUUGUCUAAUUAUUUGGAACAAUUUUGCCCUCUACAUGUUAGUUUUUGUUACCUGAAUGGUCAAGGAGACACCUUGGUGGGAAAAGUGUGUUUUUAAAAAAAAAACAACAACAACAACAAACAAACAAAAAGCAAUGUUUCAUUCAUUUAUGAAUUAAUUUAUAGUAAGUAUUUGAAAGGAAAAAGACGUUAAAAUUAAAAUCCACCCGAACUAAUUUGAGGCCACCUAAUGGAUAAAUAUAAUGCACACAAGUUUAUAAAAAAAAAAAAAAAAAAGUGUUCUUGCUAUUUUUAUGUUUCUAUCUUAAAAGUUGAUUUCAAUGGGACUAUAUCAACAUUAAACGAGUCGGACCGAAAAAUUGGUUUUAGAAUACAUUGGUUAAAUUUCUCUACAUUUGCUUGUCAUCUCAAAACUGAGUUGCCAAUUACUGGAUAAGUAGCGGGUGCCCUCCAGUGGCCAACGAAUGGAUUACAUGACAGAUCAUCAUUGUGUCAGUCAUUUUCAGUGAUAAUGAUAAUAGACCAAGGCUCCACUAAAUAUAAUUUUGGUUAAUUAGCCAACAACACAUAUUGAAAUAGUUGAUACUGCAUUUAUCUCCUAAGAGAUGUUAGUAGAAUGAAAAGCCUCAUAUACAUUUUUCCAAGUGUUUAUUUAUUUUAUUUUAUUUUUUAUUUUUUAAAAAUAUGAAUAAGACACAAUGUUGGAUCAUUGGACCAUGUUCUAGUUCUCUUUGAUUGUUGUAACAAUUGCUUUUGCCGGGUUAAGGAGACUUGACUUAUUCUAAUAACAUCUGUGUGGAGAUACAGCAUCCCUCAUGAUUGGUUGAUAUUGAAACAAUGCAAAUCCAAUAUACAAAAACCAAAGUAAACAUUGUUAAAUGAAAAAGAAGUUAGGAUUUUCAUCUUUGGUAAGGCACACAUUUAACACACAGCUCUUGUAUUUGAUCAUGUAUCUGGACCAAAUGAAUUGAAUUUAAAAGGUAUUGAUUAUUAUAAGUCUAUAUUCAGUGCAAUAAAGAAACCCCAGUAGAUGUAUUUUUGUCCUUCUUUUAGCAGGAGUGAUACAAAUUGGACAUAAACCGAAUUAUAACAUUUCUGCUCUGACAGCAGAAAUUUUAUGAUGCUAUUGUAAAAGCUUAUUGCACCGUAUAGUUUUCAUUUUGAUGUUUUAUUUUAUGAUUUUAUUUUAUUUUAUUUUCCCCUGUUUACAAUGGGAAGGGGAGAAAGAAAAAUGCAUGCUGUUUUAUUUGACUUCUGUUGUUCCUGUCACUGCCAAUCUAACUUUUAAUUGCAUAAACAGCUUUCCAAGGUUAAACAGAAGAAGAAUGUGCUGCAUGAAGGAUUAAAACAAGAAUUACAAGAAUAAAAAGAAUUACAUAACAUUAAAAAUUAGAUGCUUCAAUAAUAACGUGUGUUUGUCCAUCAUAAUGCAGUUUGCACUCAAAUGCUAUCUGAUUUUAUAAAUGUUCAUGU